AAUAACUCCUAGGAUAUAAAUAGUGUGGAAAUUUUCUUCGACCAUUGAACCCUUAGAUUUAGUGAAUGGUUUUUGGUAAGACAUAACCUCCACGCGUCCGUUGGGGGUCUUAUCGGAGAUGGGUGCUUAAGUAUACAUAUGUAAACGAUUGUCGAACCGGCUGAUAAGGGCGCAAUUGCCCGAUUGAUUAUCCCAAAACAUAAACCAUUUGUGGCCUUAACACACCUGCUUCGCGUGGUUGCGGCAGUCCGAGUUCCACCACCGAAGCAGCAACCUGCUUCUGACCAUUCGAGCGAGACCGAAAGGGAAGAUAAUCAUACGAUGACGGACGAAAGUAAGGAUUCCUGCUGCCUGCCCUUCAGAGAGGAAUUCCAGCGCUCCAAGUUCUCGCUGCAUCACGACGAUCCCGGUGUCUUUUGUCGGUCUCAAUGGCAGCACGGAGAUCGAAGUAUUCUCUGGGUUUUGUACCGCUGGCUCCUCGUUGCUUUCUAUGCUACUGGGGUGACUAUGAGUUUCAUAAAGGUCUUUAACGAAGGCACUUGGUUUAUCUAUCUCACGCAUUGGGGCUUCAGUCUGUGCCUUUAUGUAUGCAUCUAUGGCGCUGUGGUGGCCACCAUUUACUUCAUCAGACCUGCGUAUUUCGCUCCUGGCAGCGUGGCGCUGAAGAUAUAUUGGCUUUCCCAUUUCGCAACUGUGACUUUGUCGAUGUUGAUAACGCUUAUUUAUUGGGCAGCGCUCUAUCCAUCCAUGCCAGAAGUCGGUGCAGAUUUGAACAAUCUCUGGGAGCACGCGUUCAACUCGAUUUUCAUGGUCCUGGACUGCUUCAUCCUUGCCUUUCCCGCGCACAUCAUGCACUUUAUAUAUCCCUUUGCGGUGAUCAUCACAUUUGGUAUUUUCUCCCUGAUCUACCACUGGUGCGACGGACAUGACUAUGAUGGCAAUCCCUUCAUCUAUCCCAUCUUGGACUGGGCUAGACCAGGCCUGGCCAUUGGUACGAUUUGUGGCUGCAUCGUGCUGGUGAGCUUCUUUUGCAUUUGUGUCUUUGGGUUCUACAGACUCCGUUUGUGCAUCUACAACCGAUGUUCGAGGAAGCAGAAAAGGAUGCAAACUGCUUGAUUUUGAAUAAAGGAUAGCGGAUAUAUA